AAUUUGCCGACGACCAUUACGGGCGCCUUAAUCAAAACUUUUCGCUAAUAGGAGAAAUUGAAGCUGUGUUGCAGUAUGAUACUUAAUAAGUGGUAAACUUCAAAGUUGUUUGCUGACCUUACCGAUUCCCCAAAGUAACCACCAAAUAUGCAAAAGCGGCGUAAGAACAAUGGCAAAAAAAACACUGUGAAUGAGGAGUUUGAUAAAGAUGUGGAUGAAGUUUAUUGUGUCUGUCGUUCUUCUGACGCUGAACGAUUCAUGAUAGCAUGUGACCAAUGCGAGGAAUGGUAUCACGGAGAUUGCAUUAAUGUCACUCCUAAGCAAGCAGAGCAGAUAAAGACUUUUUACUGUCCUCAAUGUCGAUGUAGGAAUCCAUCUUUAGAGAUCGAAUAUAAAAACACCAGAAGUCAGAGACCAAGGCAAAAUCGUCCGAGUUUAAGUCCUAAUAACGAUGUCAGUACCUAUACAGACCAAUUCUCAUCAGGUAAACAGUUCAAGGGAAAACGGAGACCUUCAGAUGCCCCGGUCAGUAACUCAGAAACUGGUACUCGCUCUAAUACAAUCGACAACACAUUACAUUUACCGCCUCGAAAUAUACGCAAAUUUAAUUCUCCUGGUCCUGACACGUCUCCUAGAUCACCUAAUGCCUCAGAUUCAAGUACUUCAGCUGUGUAUAAUCGCGUAUACUGGGGACGAGAAGAACAGUCUGGACUUGGAGAAGACCAAAAGUUAUCUAGCACAUUUGUCCCUAAAAAGCGGUCUGGAUCCCCUCGUUUACGCCCUUGCGGUAAUUGCACGGGCUGCAGCAUACAAGAAGAUUGCGGAAAAUGUGAAUAUUGUAGAGAUAGAAGAAAAUUCGGCGGCCCCAACAAAAUGCGUCAAAAAUGUAGGUUAAGACAAUGUGCUGGCAUGAAUGCUUCUCGUAGCAGGAAUCCUUCUAAUUCUUCUCAAGGUGUUGGUUCUCGUCGCCGUAAACAGCCACCGAUACAGUCUGCACCUAUGGAAACACCGCCACCUCAUAUGCAAUCGUAUGCGGAUUUUGAUGACGAACAGUUCGAAGUGCCGUUAGAUUUUUCCCCACGACCAUAUUCUGAUAAUAUUACACAGUCGUUUUUGUCUCAUCACUCUGCAAGUUCAGCUCCAUUGGGCAGCAAAAUGCGUAGAGGUGACCACCGUAUUCCAGCCACUAAUGAAAUUGACGGAAUUACUCAUCGGCUUUUUGGACGAUUCAGUCACGAUGGUCUCCAACCACAUUCUCGCAGUAAAGGACCCAUACCAAAUAUUUAUCCCAUUAACACUGAUGAACCUAUGGAUUUUGUGGACAACGAUUCGGAUGAUGACAUUGUGCUGCCAGAAAUGGCACAUUGUGCAGGUCCUGCUUGCAUGCUGGCGGCUAUUCCUGGUGAGAAAUACUGUUCAGAAUCCUGCAAGCUGAAACAUACCAAUUCCCGCUGCUCUGUUCGUUCAGCUGUUCCUAAUCUCCGUCCUUCAAUAACUGCUAUUUCACCCCGUGAAGCUAAUCCUAUUCCAUACUCUUUACCAUAUCCAGAUCACAUGUAUUGUCGCCAUCAUCGUGUUCAGAAUUGGAACAAUACUGCAUCUCCAUCCUACAGAACUACAAAUCAACCUUUCGAUCAGUUCUCUAUUGAUCAAGCUUACAUUACUACUGAUGGCUUACUUCAGUCACGUGGACAUCCAACAUUUGGAUGUUCUCCUGGACCAGUCCAUAGAAUUACACCACAGCGACAUUCAAAUCCUCAUCCUGUUUUGAUCAAUACUAGUAGUCGAUUGAAUAGCGUGGACAGUCAAGGUAAUACAAUGAUUUGUGACGUUGCUGAUACCGCUGCAUUUAUGGACUCUGUGGCUUCAGCAGUACGUAGAAGCAAUAAUCAUGGGACAAUAAAUGCAUUUGCUGAAGAGCUUGGUAUAGAUUUACAAUCAGCUCAUCCUUCAACCGGAACUCGUUUAUCGUCUUCACCUAGUUUAUCUGGAAUUUAUUCUUGUUAUACUGGAUCGAAUCGUAGCGAUAAUAUUCGACCCGUCGAUUUACAUGCUGUAGAUGAUGAUACUGAACUACCACCAGGAGUAGAUGAUGAUGAAGCUGAUGUCAAUCAAAUAGUUUCCGAAGUGGGCGGACAUCCUGUUUACGGCUACUAUAUGAUUAGUUACGGCAAUGAAACCAAUGGUCAUAAUUCACGUAUUUCCUUGACUAAUACUUCUAACCCUACACUAAAUGAACAUCGUAUAAGUACAGGCUCUUUACGUACCAGAACAAAUAUCCGCCACCUUAAUCAUAGGAUGAUAAAUCAAAGUAACGGUGAGUCAGCAAAUGGUAUCCCUGGACCCUACAGUUCUAGUCGAACGUUGCCAGCCGGGAAUGUAAAUUUUCGGCAUACAAGCUUAAAUGUUAUCCCAGGAACAGUCAGUCAGGAUAAUUGUUUAAGUCCAUCCGGAUCUACCGGUGUGAGUGACAUAGGUGUUUCUAAUAUGGGAUCAUCAGUAUCCAGUUCCAAUGUAGCGCCUCAUUCUGUUCCUGGCUAUAUACCUGGUCCCGAUGAAUUCUAUACAAUCAAUGAUUCAGAUGACCUAGAAAUCAAUUGGCCACAAGAAACAGUCGCCGGAGUAAAUGGUUAACUUUUAAUUGUAUUAUAUCCUUCGAUAUGUUCAUUACUUAAUAUGGAAUUAUUGCUUGAUUAGUGAGCAACCUCAGCUAGGAGCUGUUUUGCGCAUGUAUUUUUCCUCUUGCGUAUUUUUUUUAAAAUAAAAGACCUAUUCUGUAACAGAUAAAUAUGUGUAGCAUUACAGAAACCUAAGACUUUUAACCUCUGUUUACCCCCACUUAUUUUACUCCAUCAUUACGUUGCAGUAUGUUGAGUUGUCAGGUCUCAAAAUUCUCCUGUAUCUAUAUUGCUUAUCAGAUUUGUUUUGUGGCUAUGGUUUAGUCCCCCCUUUUUUUGCUUAGAUAUCAAAUUGAUAAUUUUGCCUUGUAUACAUAUUCAUUAUACAUCUAUAUAUGUCAUGUUCUUUACUAAUGGCGCCAAAAAAAAAACGGUUCAUUCAGAACGAUCUUGUACAUAUAAAUAGCUCGUCUUUUACUUUUUUUUUUUAAUAAAAAAGGUAUAUAUAUAUUUGUGUUUAUCUACGCAUAUUUACGUACACAUUGUUCAUGUUUUGCACAGUGGUAUAUUCAAAACACCAUUUUGCACAAUACUAUUAUAACCUCAAUAUGUGUCUUUUUAUUUCCCACCUAACCAGAACUAUCUAUCUGUUAUUAUUAUUAUUAUUAUUUACUGGUCUGGUCUUAGUGUGUCUUGAAUUUGAUUUUUUCUUAAUAUACCAUCCCAAAUUGAUGAAGAUUAUUAGUUCAUCUUAUUAUUUUUAUUAUUAUUACUAUUACUUCCUUAUGAGGAAAUAGUAUUCUGCUGAUUGUUACAUAUAUAUAUAUGUAUGGAAAUAAUACAUUUGCCAGUACUAAAUUCUUUAUUCUCUUAAUUCUUUCAUUGUUUCUUCAUUUCACAUAUUCAACAUAAUCUCUAUCACUAUUACUGAUUACGGUUAUUGUUAUUAAUCACAUAAUCAUAGUAUUAAUAGUAGUAAUGGUAAUAGUAGUAAUAGUAUUCGCAAUAAUUGUAAUUAAUCUUUUCCUCUUCUUUCUUCUUCUUUCUUCUUCUUCACUUACCUCAUUUCACCCCCCCCCUUACUAAAUUCAAUCUUUGUAAAUAAUUUAUAUCCAUUAAUAAUAUUCUUAUAUGUGUAUGUAUACACGUUCAAUGAUAUAAGAAACAUCAAAUUUUAGAAGGGGUGUCUCUUUUUUGUUGUUGUUCUGUUUUGUUUUCUAAUAAUAACAAUAAUAAUAAUAAUCAUUUCAUUGUGUACAUAACAAAUAAGAGAGUAAUAAUUAAAAUGAUCAAACUUUAAAAUAGUAUUAUUAUUAUUAUUGUUCCUUUGAUUCUCUAACUCAUCUACAUACAUAAUUGCAUAGUAACUAUGAGUAAUAAUAGAAAUGUUAUCAAUGGUGAAUAAUAUUGAAGGUUGCUCACACUAUCUGUACAAAUGGUCGAAUUCUCCAUCUGUAAAUAUAUAUAUAUAUAUAUUUUAAGACAAAAUAUUCACGUUUAUUACGUCUUAUAUAUUGUAUCAUUCAAUAGAUAGAUUAUUA